AUGAGCGCAACGGAAACCGAGCACGAGCAGGCUGGCGCGGAACGAUGGACGUCCGUGGAAACGUUUCGAUUGACCAUCAAAGAGCCUCCGGCAAACCGGUUUUCCCCAGCGAUCACCUACCACGGCGACCCGAACUAUGACGCAGAUGCGUGCUGGAUCUCGUUUCCAGGCAAGUACAAAGGAGGAUGGGAUGCGCUGACACAAACGAAAAAGGAAGACGCUGUGGCCUGCGUCUUCUUAUGCACUGAGGAAGAGGGUCUCCGCCGCCACCAUCAUCCGGAUCCGGACAAUAAGGCCCUGUGCCUUUGUCACACAAUCUAUGGCGAGUCGAAAGACUGGGGUUGCUAUUGGUACAAACUCUGGAAGGAGAACGUGCAGAGGGCGGUAAGGCAGAAGCAGCGGCUUAAGGCCGUGUUCUUCGCAGGUCAAGUUGGCAGGGGCAAGGUGAGCAUGAAGGAUCUUCCGACAGUCGACUUGUGGGAUGGCAUCGGACUUGGGGGCUCGCAGAAAGCCGAGUUGGCUACAGCUGACGAGGAAGGAUGGGAAUAUGAAGAGGUGGACGUUGCUACAUUUCUUGACGAAGCCUUUCCUGAGGGUGCACGAGUCGAUGCUUGGUGCGACGCUGCCAAAGUGUGGCGACAGGGCAAAGUUGAGAAGCUCAAGAAGGAAGUGAAUGAUAAAGGCCAGGAACAGGUGAGCUGGAUGGUGUGCUGCGAGACAGGAGAGAUGAUCGACACACAGUAUGUGAUGGACUCUGCCACGUCCAUGCAGGAGGUCCUGGACUGUUUGGGUCCGCCAAAGCUCGUCGAGAUCUUGACGCAAUGUCUGUCGCGAGCAGGCAAUAUUGCGGUGCAGCCAGAAGUGCAGCCAUCGAGGCUUGCUUCCGGGGUCUCAGAGAUGCUGAUUGAAGUACAGGUGAAGGACGUUUUGGCUCUGCAUGCCUUGCGAGAUCGGGUUCUAGACGGGACGCUCGAAAAGGAAAUCACCGAGAAACUGAAAAACGCCGCCCGGUUGAAAGGCUCAAGCUUGCCGGAAAUUCUCGAAAUUCAGAUCGAUAAGACGCGCUUCUUCAAUCUCUACGAGGAGAGCCUCCUGACCCUCUCGGAAUUGACGAAGCAUCAGAAGGAAAAGCUCUGUGAGAUGCAGAGUUCGAAGAAGAUCCAUUUGGCUGCUCCAGCCGGCGCAGGAAAGACCUUUCUUGCCAUCCAUUUCCUCGUGGACGUUCUGCGCAAUGCUUCGUCAGUCCGGGUUAUUUACAUUACGCGUUCGAAGGAACUCGUCUACCACUUCUUACAGUGGAUGACCAUGCGUCUGGCAGCUAUUUUUCCGCGGAAGCGCAUCAUGGCAAAGAUCCAAGAUGCAUUUUCAAGGAUGAUCGUAGUCUUUGAACAAGAUGGACGCUAUUCGAAGUGCUACCAGCCUGAGAUUACUGAAGCCACGAGCCGGUUCAUCGAGCUCAAAGCCCUGGAGCCUGUGAAGGCUCGGGAGAAGUUCGGCUUGGUCAUCGUGGACGAAUGUCACAACAUCUUCCGGCCAGAUGUUUCCUAUGAUUUUAUGGAGCGGGUGUGCCUGUGCUGCCAGCGGCUUCUUCUUCUUUCCGAUGCGUCUCAGUCCGCAGCAGCCAUGCAGCACUACCCGUUCUAUCUGACCUAUCGCAUGAAGCACGUCAAUCUUACAGAGAUCGUGCGGAGUACAAAACGGAUCGUGUCGGGGGCUGCGGCUUUUCAAUUGGGCACAGACAGUCAGGCUGCAGAUACUGCGGCAGUGGUGAAUUCGCUGGGCACAGAUGGACUGCCCUUGAAGACGUACAUUUUCAGAAAAGCGGCCUUGAGUGACAAUGAGCUCUUCAAAAAGUAUGCCAAGUACGUGGUUCAGGCAGUUUGUCAUGUCGUGCAGACCUUUCCGGGCAUUCACUUUCAUCGGCGGCUGGCCAUCCUGGUUCCUAAUGAUGUGUUUCUCAGCAAACUCGAGGCUCCCCUCAAGGAUGAUCUCUCCAGGUGGUUUCCUCGUCGUCACUUUCAGCUGGUAUCCUUUCAAGAGUCUCUCUGUUUUCUUCCCGAACGCCUUCAGAGAAGCAGCUCCCACGACUUGCGAGAGGAGCGCCUCGUCUUCGACACUGUCGAUGCAGCGGACGGCUUAGAGCAGAUGAUCGUGGUGUGCGUGGGCCUCGAUGCGCCAAUCGGUGGGGAGGAGGAUCUGAAAACUCGUGCGAAGCUCUACAAAGGCAUCACCAGGGCCCAGCUUCUGGCCAUUGUCGUCAACGAGCACAUCCCACGGGGCUGGCUGGAGUUCUUGGGGGCCGUGAAGUUUGAGCAGGGACAUCUCCGUUCGGAGGAGGCCGCUCCCCAAAGCUCUGCCGCGGCUGCCAAGAUCAACGUCGAGGCGCAGCAGAGGGCCCCAUCUGAGUCGCCAAAGAAGCAGAAGGUCGAGGUCGAGCCGGAAGCUGUCGGAGUCGAGGCAGUGGAGGAGAAGAAGCUUCUGGAGACAGCAGAGGACCCCAAAGAGCCCAAGAAACGGCCGGCGGCUGCAGUACGCGAGACCGACACGAAGUCAUCGGUGCUGCAGCGCGCGGAGCAUCAGCAGCCAGCAGGUAGUGGUAGGAGGAGCGAUGCGCAAGAUGAGAAGAUUGCCUCCAGCGUUUGGGACACUACAAGCAACGAAGUCUCUGCACGUCUCGACGAGCUCAAGUUGAACCCAUUCGAGGUUCGGCAGCUUCCUGACCUUGAUGCGUCAAGUGCGGGACUUGGGCGAUAUCUCUUUGGAGGGAUGCAGAGGUUCGUUGAACGGCUUGCUGGGAACUUCUUCGCAGACCCGUCAGGUUUUGGUUUGGCUUCAAAACGACUUCCAUUUCCUGGACAGAUAAACCCAGAGGCUAACGACUGUGUCGUGUCUUUUCCGGGGAAGUAUUCCGACGCGUGGGACCGGGCGGUGUCGUUGUCGAUGGUUUCCGGAGCUUUUUCGUUGGCAGAUGUGUUCCUAACGGAUAGAAGCUCCGGCUUGGGUCAGCAUGGCCUGAACCCAGAGACGCCAGGAGAGUGCUGGUGUCGCACGAUAUACGGGCCUUUGGAUGCAUCGACAUACUUGAGUGUUGUUGAGUUCGACCCCCACGACAAUGGCGAGCACAUGGCUUUCAAACGGAGCGACGCUGAAGCCAUGGGCCAGGUUUUGCUCGUAAAGAAAAACCAAUCCGAAAUAGAAUGGCAACAGGAGCUGGAGAUCGCAUUGAGCGAGGCUGAGGUGCUUUGCCGCCGAAAUCACAACCGCGCCCCCUGGGGAUGUCAAUGGUUCGAGGACUGGAGGAGAAAUGUUGAAAAAGCCGUGUACUUCAAUCAGGUCCUGCAUGUAUUUUAUUUCGAAGAGAGCGUUGGGCAGGGAAAGAUGGCCUGGGAUGACCUUUGCGAUGAUGGUGCCAGACGUCGGGCCAGGGCUUACACUGGUUUAGGAGCCUGCCAGACAGCCGAAGUGGCUUACCUUGACAAAAUGGGUUGGAGCUACGUUGAGCAUGACAUCAGAGAGUUUGAGCAGUUCGUCGCGAACCAGAGCUAG